AUGGCUAAAAGUUACUUCAAGUUGGAGCAUCCCCUCGAAAGGCGGCAGGCUGAAGCUGCUCGUAUCAGGGAGAAGUACCCGGACCGAAUUCCGGUUAUUGUGGAGAAGGCAGAAAGAAGCGAUAUACCUGACAUUGACAAGAAAAAGUAUCUUGUCCCCGCUGACCUCACUGUUGGGCAAUUCGUUUAUGUUGUCCGCAAAAGAAUCAAGCUCAGUGCCGAGAAGGCUAUCUUCAUAUUUGUCAAAAACAUUCUUCCACCUACUGCUGCAAUGAUGUCGGCAAUAUAUGAGGAGAACAAAGAUGAGGAUGGUUUCUUGUACAUGACUUACAGUGGUGAGAACACUUUUGGAUGUCUUUGA